AUGUCUCGUGGUUCGCAAAAUACAGCGACGUACGAAAUGGCCACUUUGCCUCGAUGGUCGCCAGCAAAAACAAUGCUUUUGUACGCACCGAGCACGUACGAAACCGUCCGCAUCGCCGAUGCAAACCUCAUGAUGGCGCGAUGCGACGACGACUGGUAG